UCAUCUCUUCAUGGAGAGCUGCUUAAAAUUGUGACUUCAGAAGUUAAUACCCACAGGAAAUGAUGACGUUGUUAUUUUACUAUGUGUUAAAAGAAACUGUUGGGAAUUCUUUAAAUAGAUGGAUUUAAUAAAAGGAUAAUGUUACGUUUAGAAACAGACGCUUUUCGAAAUGGAUAUGUAACCUGUGUCUUGUUUUAUUGAAAUACCAAGCUAAAGUUCAAUGGAUUACGUCUUAUGAUGAAUCUGAGAUUGUGUGGUCGUUAAUGAACAAAUAUCAAUGGAGUAUAAUGUGUGACGUGAUCCUUUGAGGAAGAAUUUCGGAUUAUAGACAAAUCUAAUUUUUCAAUAAGUUUUAUUAUUGAGUGUAGCAGCGUUGGUGAUUACCAAAAAUGACUCCAAAACGAUUCUUAAUAUUCCUGUUAUUUUUAUUAUCUUUAUUAUGCUCUGUCUGUGUGGGGAGAGUUCAGGUGAAUCUCCAAGCUUUGGUGCCAAAUCAUUUUGGAUGGGCGGAGGAAUUUAAGCGAAUAUUUUUAACCCGUCUGUUUUCGUUUCAACGCGACAGACGUUAUAGAGCAGUAUUCAAUACUUUUCACCCACACGUCAAGAUGACGUUGUUAAAACAAGACAGUCCUAAAGAAAUCCUUGGUGCAUUCUGUGAUGAAAUCUUUCCGUCAAACACAACAACUAUCCUACAUAUCAACAACCCUUUAUCAAUUAGACGUCGUACUGCCGCGAGUCAAUAUGUUACUGAAUUAGCUGUUUAUUUUGGUAUUCCACUUAUUUCAUGGGAUGCUGACGAUUCAGGGGGCUCUCAGAAUCGUGUUGAAUCCCGGACAUUACAGAUAGCACCCACCAUUCAUCAUCAAACACAGGCCAUGUUUACUUUAUUACAAAGAUAUAACUGGACUCUUAUUUCUAUAGUUACAUCAACAACUGCCGGCCAUAUAGAUUUUAUAUCAGAACUCAGGGCUCUCUCUAAAAACUCUCUUAAAGUCAAAUCUUCAACAUAUGGACACCAACAAAUUAGAAUCGAAGUUAUAUCAAAUAUUAUUUUACGAAAUAUUACGAAUAAAAGUCAAACAAUGAAAGAAUUAACGGGAUUAAUAGAAACAGAAAGUCGUGUUAUUCUGCUACAUUCAAACAGUUUACAAUCAAAGUAUAUCAUGGAUUAUGCACAUGAAUUAGGGAUAGCGGGUACAGAAUAUGUGUGGAUCUUAUCACAGUCAGCCAUUCCAACAGCUAAAUAUGCUCCACGUUCCUUCCAUUUAGGUUUACUAGGUGUAUCAUAUGAUCAUGGUAAAGUAGCAAUGGAAAAUGCUAUAAAAAUGGCAGCAACUACAUGGGUAACAGCAUUAAAUAAUAUAGCCAUGAAACGAACUCUUAUAUCAUCAAUAUCACCGAAUUUAACAUGUGAAGGCAACAGUCACAUGUUUUGGAAAAAUGGAUCUAAAUUUUACGAUCAUCUCAGAAAUGUGACAGUAACUGGUCCCCCAAAUAUACGAUUUAAUGAGACUGGUAUUUUAAUGUCUACAGAGUUAAAAAUCAUGAACAUCCAGCGAAGAGGAACUGGUAAAAUGUGGGAACAGGUGGGCUCGUGGAAUAAAGAAGGUUUAGUAAUGAAAGAUAUAACCUGGCCUGGUGAAGCUGCAGGCCCACCUCGUGGUAAACCAGCUAGAAAGUUUGUUAGAGUUGUAACAUUACAAGAGAAUCCAUACGUAAUAUAUUUGCCUUCAGAUCCUAUCACUGGUGGAUGCAAUCCUACAGCUGUACCCUGCAAAGUUUAUGAACGUGAUGAAAAUAAAAAUAGAUUAAGUAAUAUCACUAUUCCUAAAUGUUGUAUUGGACUUAGUAUUGAUCUUUUAAAGAUAUUAAGUAAUGAAUUAGAUUUUGAUUAUGAACUGUUUGAAGUUGAAGAUGGACAGUGGGGUGCGGAAAAUCAGGACACUAACGAAUGGAAUGGAUUACCGAGAGCUUUAGUUGACAAGAAAGCCGAUUGGGUUGUAACGUCGUUAAAGAUUAACCCAGAAAGGGCAUCGGUGGUAGAUUUUUCUGCACCAUAUCUUGAAACAGGAAUAACCAUUAUCGUAGCUAUUAGAGAAGGUGCUAUUUCAGCCACAGCAUUCUUAGAACCGUAUGAUUAUCCUUCAUGGACAUUGAUCCUGGUAUUUAGUGUACAUGCUACCGGAGCUUCUAUAUUUAUAUUUGAAUGGCUGAGUCCGUAUGGUCUGAAUCAAGGAAAAACCACUUUGCGAGAGCACAAAUUCUCAUUAUUCCGAUCUUUCUGGUUGAUAUGGGCCAUGUUAUUCAGUGCUGCUGUAUCAACAGAUACACCUCGAGGUGUUUCCAGCAGAUUUCUGGCAAAUAUGUGGGCUUUGUUUGCUUUGGUCUUCCUUGCAAGUUAUACUGCCAACCUGGCUGCCUUUAUGAUUACAAAAGAGGAAUAUUAUGAUCUGUCAGGUAUUCAGGAUCUAAGGUUGAAGAAUCCCUAUGUCACAAAACCACCAUUUAAAUACGCUACUAUACCUAGCGGAAGUACGGAGUCUAAUAUUAAAAAGAAUCACCCAGAUAUGUAUAAUUAUAUGAAGAAAUAUAAUGUACCUACCGUGGCGGAUGGUGUAGCAGCUUUAAAGAAACAAGAGAUACAAGCCUUUAUUUAUGAUGCUACGGUAUUGGAAUAUUUAGCUGGACAGGAUAAACAUUGUCGUCUAAUAACAGUGGGUAGUUGGUAUGCUAUGACUGGUUACGGUGUAGCAUUUCCUCAUGGUUCACAAUGGAAAGAUAAAGUUAACAAAAUCAUAUUAGAACAACAGGAUAAAGGAGAAUUAGAAAGAUUACAGAAGUUCUGGUUAGCAGGCGCAUGUCAAAAGAAAAAGAAGAGAAAGGGAAUUUCCAGUCAUACUUUAGGAAUUUUAAACUUUACUAGUGCAUUUAUUCUAUUAGCCUGUGGUAUGGUAUUAGGCGCCAUUUUAUUGGGUAUUGAACAUUGUUACUUCCGGUUUGGAAGGAGUAAAUUAAAGAAAUGGGAUAAAUGUGGUUGUUGUGCUUUAGUUAGUUUGAGUAUGGGUAAAUCUUUAACAUUUGAACAAUCUGUAUUAGAAGCUAUACAAACACAUCGUAAACGACGAUGUAAAGAUGCUUUAUGUGAAACACAGCUAUGGAAAAUAAAACAUGAAUUAGAUUUAGCAUUAUUGAAAAUAGAUAAAUUAGAAGAUAGAGGGAAACAGAAUAAAUUAGAGGGAGGUAAUUCAGUAUGGAGAUAUAAUCCUGUGGGUUACAGACAACCUAACGGUAUCCCUAGAAGAAAAAGUAUAGAAAAAAGUUUUAUACGAGAAGAGGAUGUGGGCUCCUCUGAAAGACUUUUAUUUAAAGAUCAAGAGGAUACUCGGAGUGAGGGGAAUAUUACGCCGAGGCGCAGGGCGGUUUUACGGCGAUCUCCAAGUUAUACAAACGCUAUAAGUAUUAGUGAAUGUGACGAUUUAGACGAAGCACAAAAAAAUAAAAAACGAUACCAUGAAGGUAAAUUUUAUGUGGAAGUAAACAAUGACCCUGAGACUGAAAGUAUGUUUUGAUAUUUUACUUACAUGAUGAUGAUGUUUUGUCUAUGUGAAUAUUGCUAAAGUGCUUGGAGAGUGUGCGACAGUGGGAACAAUUAAAAUGCCGUGAUUAUUAAGAAAAGUUAACGAAAGGAAUUGGCAGACAGUCUGAAUCAUUGUCACACCUUGAAUAGGUCAAUGCUGAAAACGGUGACCUGAAGUGUAAGGCGUAAAUGUGUGGGGUACGCUUUUUCGGUUUGGAAUUGGGUGUAUUUUCUGUCAACAUUUUUGGACGUGGACUUCUCUAAGUGUACAGACAGAAAAAUUGUACAAUAUUAUGUGAAUUAUUUAAUCAUCCUUUUUUUCUAUCUAUGUGCUUGUAACAAACCAAUCUAUUUUUUUUAAAAGUAUCAACACAUUAAUGGUUAUAAAUUAUAACACAGACUUACGGAAAACAGACUAAUUUAUUUGGGCGACAUUUCAGACAGUGUUCCCUCAACGUUAUCAAGCUUAACGUUGAGAGAAUACUCUUCGAAAUGUUGCCCAAAUAAAUUAGUAACUGUUUUCUAUAAGUAUGACGUGUUAUAGUUUAUUGCUCUAUCCAGUUACUAAAUGCAAUUAAAAUAUUAUUAAUUGUAAUAUUAUCGAAUUCAAGAACUACUCGAAAAACACGAGACUCAUAUAUACACUUCAUUCUUAUUACGAAAAUAAAUAUACAUCUAACUUCUAAAAGAUAAAAGUAAGUUGGCUAUAAACUAUAUUUUGUGUUGUAUAUAAAAUCAUUCUUUUUUAUCAUUAGACACAUUUAUAACAUAAGAUGUUCUUAUUAUAUGUACGGGUAAUUGUUGUGUUUUGAUAUUAAUUAUGGGUAGAUAAAUAUAUAAAUCUAGAAUUCUAAUUUAAAGUAUCAAACUUCUAACCAGUUGUUUGGACUAUUACUUUCGUCUGACAUUCUACAGCCAAUCAGGUACUUCCUCUCAUAGAAUGGUUUGGUUGGAGUAAAAAUUUGAUUUAUUUUGUAAUCUACGUAAUUAACCAACUUGUUAUAUUGUCUUAUUUCGAACUUGUUAUCGAAAAUAAACAAUUUAGCUGUGAAGGUUUCGAUAUUAAGGACGAAAUCAAUGGUUUUUCGCGAAUGAUUAACAGAUUGGUUUGCUACAGCCAUUCAUAAUUUUUGUGUGUCCAUUCAAAUGUGUUUUCAUUCUAAUUUUGCGAGAUAAUCUAUGCAAGCGUGAGUGUAUUUUGAGUGGCACGUGUGGCCAUAUUUUGUUCGUGCAGGACGCUGGGAUGUAAUUAAUAUAAUAUUUCAUUCCAACCAUACAUCCAAUUUUUGUUAUUUUCCCAGUUUAUUUUUCGUAUUUGUAUUUUAUGAUGUAUUUUGGAUUUGGCACAUUGGACCAUACCAUGUGGAAGUUUUUUUUCAUUUUAAAGAACUGAUUUUAAUUUGGGGGCGCCUAGUUCAGAUCUCGAAGCUGUUGUUCUCCAUUUUCUUGACAGUUACGGUUUUAGACGUAUGUUUCUAAGUUUAACAUAGAAAUAAUGCAACCAAAGACUGUACAUAUUAUAUUGGCCCUAUUAAAUAAAUUAUAUUACCCAUAGUAACAUAAUUUCUUUUAAUUGCAUUAUAGAAUAAUUCCCCAAUUCAUAUUUACUGAUGUUUUAUGCUUACUUUAUCAUCUACUGUAAAUAUAGGUAUUGCAAUUGUUACAUGCGAUCACGUUUCAUUGAAAAUAAACAGAUUUAUAAAUUU